AUGAUGAUGAUGGAUCUGCCGCGGGGGUCCGGGGGCGAGCGGGUCGGGGACCCCGCGAGGGGCCGGGAGCUGCGGAGCUUCAGCUGGGACGAGAUCGGGCAGCGGAACGGGCGGGGGGCACGGGCUGAGGAGCGAUGGUUGGUGAUCGAGAGGAAGGUGUACGACAUCAGUGACUUCUACCGCAGGCACCCGGGAGGAGCCCGGCUCAUCGACAGCCACGCCGGGCAGGAUGCCACGGAUGCCUUUUUAUCAUUCCAUGUUGACAAGGUGCUGGUCAGUAAGUACCUGAAGCCACUGCAGAUUGGGGAGCUGGCACCAGAUCAACCCAGUGUUGAGCCCAGUAAAAAUAAAAUGCUGCUCAAAGACUUCCGUGAGCUGCGGGCUGCUGUGGAGAAAAUGGGACUUCUGGAGCCAAAUCAACUCUUCUUCUUCCUGCACCUCACUCACAUCCUCCUCUUGGAUGCUGCAGCUUGGCUCGUUCUCUUCUACUUUGGGACAUCCUUAAUCCCUGUUCUUGUGUCUCUGCUGGUGCUGACCAUAUCCCAGGUCCAAGCUUCAUGGUUACAACAUGAUUUAGGACAUCUUUCAGUAUUCAGGCAGACCAAGUGGAACCACUUGCUGCAUAAAUUUGUGAUGUGCCACUUGAUAGGAGCAUCAGCCAGGUGGUGGACUCUUCUGCACUCCCAGCACCAUGCUAAACCCAACUGCUUCCAGAAAGAUCCUGAUAUUGAUAUGCACCCUUUCUUGUUUACUUUGGGAAAGAAGUUAUCUGUGGAGCUUGGGAUAAAAAAGACCAAGUACAUGCCAUAUAAUCACCAACACAAAUACUUCUUCAUCACUCUUCCUCCACUCCUGUUUCCCACCUACUUCCAGUGCCACACAUUUUACAUCGCAUAUACAAAAAGGUAUUGGGCGGACUUGGCCUGGAUGCUGACCUUCUAUAUCAGAUUCUUUUUUAUGUAUGGAUCAUUAUUAGAAAUAAAGAGUCUUCUGGCAUAUUUUUUUAUAAUCAGGAUGCUGGCAAGCAGCUGGUUUGUUUGGGUUUCACAGAUGAACCAUAUCCCUAUGGAUAUUUACUAUGACAAGAAUUUGGACUGGGUGUCUACUCAGCUCCAGGCAACAUGCAAUGUUGAGCAGUCUCUGUUCAAUGACUGGUUUACUGGGCAUCUCAACUUCCAGAUUGAACAUCACCUAUUCCCCACAAUGCCAAGACACAACUACUGGAAGGUGGCUCCACUGGUGAAGUCCUUGUGUGCCAAACAUGGCAUUGAGUACCAAUGCAAGCCCCUGCUCACAGCUUUUGCAGACAUAGUGCACUCUCUGAAGAAUUCAGGAGAGCUCUGGCUUGAUGCCUACCUGCACAAAUAA